AGAAGAAGCAGGUGGCGCGUAGAGAAACCGAAUGAUGAGUCAGAUCUUGCUGCAGCCGCCUGCAAACCCAGCCAUUCAGAGGCGCGCAGAAAACACAACACCUCCUCCGCGUCCCAGCCUGGGGCCUCUCGUCCGCGGUGGGCCCCGGGAGGCAAAUCAGCGCCUGGGGACACGGGACACGCGUGUCUGGAGCGUCCCGGGCAGCGCUGGGCCGGGGGUGCUGGACGCCGUUCUCGUCUCCCUCGGGAGCCCCGGGCUGGGGGCGGCCCCAGCAUUGCUGCAAGGCAACGGGCGAACUCAGUCUUAGCUCUCGGGCAGCUUGAGACUCGCAUCCUCGCGUACAGGGAGGGGACCGCAACCUCCCAGCUGCCCCGCGCCUGCGCCGCGACCGAACAGCGCCGGGACCUUGGCUGACUCGGGAAAGGAAACCUCUGGAGCCGGAACCCGCCCCUGUGCUUUCAAAGCGACCAACCGGGAGCGUGGGCGGGGCCCGGGCGGAGUCACAGGGCAGGCAGACAGAGAAGGGUCGCACCCCCUCCUAGCCCGAGCCAGUUCUCAAUCAGGUCGGACUCCAGGCAAUAUAUACCGCGCUCUCUGCUAGUUUUUUCACAUCGAGCGGGGUAGGCAGUUUGCGAGUAUGUCAGGUCGUGGCAAAGGAGGUAAGGGCUUGGGGAAAGGUGGCGCUAAGCGCCACAGGAAGGUGCUGCGGGACAACAUCCAGGGCAUUACCAAGCCGGCCAUCCGCCGCCUGGCUCGGCGCGGCGGCGUGAAGCGCAUCUCUGGCCUCAUCUACGAGGAGACCCGCGGGGUGCUUAAGGUCUUCUUGGAAAACGUGAUCCGCGACGCCGUCACCUACACGGAGCACGCCAAGCGCAAGACCGUCACCGCAAUGGAUGUGGUCUACGCGCUCAAGCGCCAGGGCCGCACCCUCUAUGGCUUCGGUGGCUAAAGGAUUGUGUGAAACAAGCGGACAACCCAAAGGCUCUUUUAAGAGCCAACCACUUCUACCUAAAAAGAGCUGUAACAGCCUUUUUAAAAUCAUACAACAGCUGUCA